ACGCCCCUUUAUCGGUGAUGUCACAUCUCGUUACGCCAUUUUUGUUGGGGAGCAGUCGUGUCAAGAAAAGAAGAUUAGAUUCAGUACAGGUAUCUCGCGUAUUCAUCUCUUCGAGUUGUCCGCAAAAAGGACACUUGCUUGUCCAUUACCCUCACACAAUGUCGUCAGAAAACCUACACUCGGACACUCAGGUGGACUACGAGGACGAGAAACAGGACUCCCAGGAGAAGAAUGCGAACCCUGUGAAGUCAGAGGAGGCCAAGCUGAAAGCCAAGUACCCCAGCCUGGGCCAGAAGCCCGGCGGCUCAGACUUCCUGAUGAAGAGACUACAGAAAGGGCAAAAGUACUUUGACUCAGGAGACUACAACAUGGCCAAGGCUAAGAUGAAGAAGCUUCCUGUGGCAGGGCCCGACAACAACCUGGUAACCGGCGACCACAUUCCCACGCCGCAGGACCUGCCCCAGCGGAAGUCCUCCUUGGUGACCAGCAAGCUAGCCGGCUAGCCUCCAUCAUCCUAGAAGCGCCCUCACGGCCCCUGGGGCUCCCGUCAAAUGUCCCUCCUCCUCACCCACGCGUCCCCCAAUGUGUCCAUGCCCUCCCCUGUCUUCUGUUUUUAUCCCAAGGCACCACAGGCUUUAACAUGUCGGGCAGAGUUGUAGAAGUUAAAACUCCAUUUGCUUGUAUGUGGGUGGGGCGGGGUGGGAGGGAUGGAGGUUUAGGUGGCCCACGAGGCCGCAGCCUUCUCUGCCUUCCCACCACGCACAGCUCUGCCCCCUCUGCGCACUCUGCUCUGCCGCCACCCGUAUGUCUUGGUUUUUGGUGUUCCAAGAUGCAUCACAGUAGGUGUGUCAUCAGGCAGGGGUUGGAUGGGGUGAGUAAAUGCACUUUGUAGUCUGUAUAGUAGGCUUUGUUCUUUUUUUUUGCAUCCUAAGUGACACCAAAAUAAUUUGUGUAAGCUAGUUAGGAACCACGAUGGCUGCACGUCCCUCGAUUUUUAUUUUUUAUUAGUUUUUAUGUUGCCUAUCUAUGCUGGUGGCUGGCUUCGGUGUGAGGGGUUUGAAAGAUGUAUGUGAAUAAUGGCUUGCUUACCAAAUACGUGAGGGGCAGCUGCCUCUAGCUCGUUAGCAUUCACUGGCAUCACAUUGGGAAAUGAGGGAAAUUAAUGGAGGCUCCCUUUCAUCUCAUCCUUCAGCCCACCUUUCGUCGAACAUAAACCCUGAGGUGAUCUGCUGCAGCUCAGCCAAACAGGACCCCCCCCUCUCUGUUAAUGUUAAUGCUUUAAUUCUUGACUCCAGUCACUCCUGUUCUCUCUAAAUAUGCUGCAUGAUUGUAACAUGUAACAAAAAAGAAAUGUAACGUGUUUUUUGUUUUGUUUUUUAAACGGGAGUGGGGCAUCAGCUUAGUAAUAGGAAGUAU